AUGCAAGAAUAAAAUUCACUAUUCUUUUGUCCUGAAAAUGAAGACAGUGAAAUCAUAAAAGCUAAAACCUAUGAUGCUUAAACAUAGAGAAUAGCUGCUAGCUUUUACUCCCAAUUUUCAGAUGGCUCUGACCCUUUUAUGGAUCUCAGACGGCAUCAUUAAUGCAAUUCUGCUUACUCUUCAUCUAGUUUGCAAUCCUCUCGAACUUUGCCAGAUGAAUGUAUGCAACAUAAUUAUUCAAAAUGUUUAGAUUUGGACAUCUUAUCUGAAGCUGCUAAGUAAUCAUUUAGUUUUGUCUUCAAAUCCUAAGAAGAUUGGUUGGAACAUUUCACAUCAAAAUGCAUUGAUUUGGAUACCUUUUUCAAAGACUGUGCUUUCAAUUCGUUGAUAGAAAAAGAAAUUUAAAAUGAAGAUUGCAAUAUAAAAAAAGGCAUAGUAUUAACUGUUGAUUACUUUACAAAUCUAUUUACCUUUUCAAUGUAUCUCAUUUGGAAAUGGAUUCAAAAUGAAAAUUAAAUGGAUAUGGCCAACUACGUUUCAUGUUAGAAUUCUAUUCCGGUAUUCUUCAACCUCAUUUUUUAAUUUCGCUUUAAUGAAUUAAAGAAUGAUAAAAUCUUUAUUGCAUUUGUAGAAUAAACCAUUCAAACCAUUUCCAAAUCAAAAUUUGAAGACGAUCAACAAUCAAAACCCUAUUUGGGACUAGGAAUCAGCUAACACUCUAAGCCACUCCCACUCCUGAAAGAAAAUGAAGUAUUUCCUUGGAAUCCUGAAGAAGUAGCCAAAAUAUUAAGCACGAUUAAUUAAGCCUUUUAUGCUGAUUUGCAGAUUAGAAAUGUUGUUGUCAAAGGAGGACUUAAAUAUUAUUUCAAAAGAAUCAACACUCUCUCAUAAUACAUAAUUUACUCAGUUGUGAAAAGUGCUUGUAAAUACAAAAGAUAGGAGGCUUUAUCAUAUUGGAUUGAUUUGGCUGAAAGAUUACAAAUUUAAAAUGAUUUGGAAGGACUAUUUAUAGUUUUUAAAUAUGGCAUAUAAUUAUUAUUGAAGGAUUACAUUUCAACAAUGCCAAUCUUAUUCAAACAUUAAAAUCGAAUCUCAAAAAUUAAUGCCUAUUAUGAAUAGCAGAUAAAAGACAAUCUAAAGAAUAUGAAACCAAAUCCAAAAGGUUAUAACAUACCAUCCUUUCAAAAAUAUUAGACUCACAUAAAAAGAUUGGAGUUGUAAGCAAAAUAAAAUAGAUAAGCUUUUGAAUAAAUUGCCAGCCUUUUAGCAGAAUUGGUGGCCAUUUCAAAAGAACAAUAAUAAAGAUAAUAGAUAAUGAAUCAUUAAUUAUCAUUUCAUGAGUAACAGAUAGUCAGAUUUUUAACUUAAGGCAUUGAAAAUGAACUGGAGAACAGUCUAAAAAUUCCUCUAGAAAAAGAAACCUUAGUGUAUAUUUAACUAAUUAAAUUAUCAAAAAUUAUGAACUGA